AUGUCAGUGGUCGGAUUUGACUUUGGUAACCAGAAUGCGUUUAUUGCGGUGGCGAGAGCCGGUGGAAUUGAUGUGCUCAUCAACGACUACUCCCUCCACGCCACACCGUAAGUUUUUUCGCAAUUUUUUUCUUCUUGCUUUAGGUUGAUGAAAACAUCCGAAAUGUCCUUGAAAUUAGGGGCAGUGAUUCAUUUAUUAAUUAACGGGAUCAGAAAGUGUUAACAUGUAUGGAAACGAGUGUAGAAUUAAGGAAAUUUCUGGAAGUUUCAACGUUGAUAUAAAAAGUUUUAUAAACUACAAAAUUUUGGAAUGUGCAAUGUAGCAAAAUAAUUAUUGUAGCUGCACAAUGAGUUUUAGGGCUUAUUUAUCGAUAAGAACGUCUAAAUGUUCAGGAAUUCAAGUAGUUUUAGUAACUUCCUCAUGGAUAAUAUAAGGAGCUCUUCAAAAUCAUUUCUUUUUCAGAGCAUGCGUCUCGUUUGGCAACAAGAACCGCCAAAUGGGCGUAGCAGCCCGUCAGGGAGUCUCCACCAACUUUAAGAACACUGUGAUGAACUUUAAACAUCUCCUUGGACGCAAGUUUGACGACCCUGUAGUUCAAAAAUACGCCGAGUUUAUUCCCGCGCCACUGGCUCGCGGUCCCAACGGCGAUGUCGUAUUUGAUGUGAACUAUCUUGGAGAGCGGUUACAAGUCACCCCGCAGCAGAUCACGGCCGCCCAUUUGACCAAACUAAAGCAAAUUACGGAGAGUCAAAUUGGGGGCACAGUCAGCGACGUGGUGAUCUCAGUGCCGCCGGCCUGGUCCAACGACCAACGCUUGGCUUUGUUGGAAGCUGGCCAAAUUGCUGGAUUGAAUGUGUUGAAGGUUGUGAAUGAAAAUACCGCCGUCGGGAUCGCCUAUGGGAUCUAUAAAAAAGGGCUCCUCCCAGGCCCCGAGGAAAAGCCCAGACUCGUCGCCUUUGUGGAUGUGGGCCACUCCACCGUGUCCGCAUCUCUCAUGGAGUUCAACGAACGCCAGGUUCGAGUCAGGGCCUCCACUUAUGAUGAUCAUGUUGGAGGUCUGCACUUUGAUAAUGUCAUCCGAGAACACUUCCGCAACGAAUUUAUCCAAAAGGUAGGCUCUUUGGGACGUUUAUGUGGAGUUGGGCGACUGGAGAAAGAGACGAUUGGGGAUAGACAUGGCUCGUCGGCCGGCCCGGGCCGAAAAUCUCGGCCCGGCCUGAAGGGUUCCGGCCGGCCCGGCACGUCAAGAAAAAAUAAAAGAAAAACGGGCGCCCAAUGAAAAAGCCUAGAAUUUCUUUUGGCAUUCUGCCCUGUGCAAAUCCGUUUUUGUCCAAAUGGUUUGCAAUAUUUUGACAUAAAGAUUAAUAGUAAAUCACAAGAUAUUGAUAUCAAUAGAAAGCUCGAGGGCUGCUUAAGCUAAUAGAACCAAAAUAUACCCAUAAUCGUAGUAUUUUGACAGUUUUCCAUGGCGAAGAAUACAACGUCUAAAUAAAAGUUUGUAUCGACGAUACCGAGUCAGAGAGCACUGGAAGGAGGUAUAGGCUCCACGUCAAAAAAAUCCUUAAACUGUUCUUCGAGUAUCUACACCGGUCCCGUCCCGCUUGAUGGGACAGUUUUUUUGAUAGUUGGCCUUGAAAUUUGCACUAUUUUUAGCCUAGCUCGAACCAUGUUCAGAAAAUGCGUCACGAUGACACCCAUUUAGAAUGUACCAGCGGUAUAAAAAACAGUUGUGUACGACUAGUAGUACUCCCUAGAGUUCCCAUAAAAAAAAUUAGGUUAAAAAUUGUUGUUAUGUGCAAUUUGGAUGACAGGUUUUAUGAAUUUUUUUUCGCUGUGAGAACCUUUGCAAUGCCCGCAAUUUCUUGACGUGCCCGGCCCGUUUCAAAUUUUCCGUCGGCCCGGCCCGUUCUAAAUUUGCUUCGGCCCGGGCCGGCCCAUUGAAACGAAAGUCUCCCCAAGUCUAACUCCUUAUGACCAAAUUUCUUCUAUCAUCAUGUAAAUGGAAAAAUACUGUGUUCCAUAGCUAUCUAAAAACAAAAGUACCUUUAAAAAAACCAAUUGUGUCUUGACAUUACGUUUAUUUUCAUUAUCAAACCCAAUUUUCGCUUCGAGAUUCUGGAUUUUAAAUAUUCCGGGCCGGGCCGAAACGCCGGCCCGGAAAUGGUCCUCGGCCCGAAACGCCGGCCCGGAAAUGGUCCUCGGCCCGAAACGACGGGCCGGAAAUGGUCCGGCCGGCCCGGCCCGGGAGCCAUGUCUACUCGGAGCUUCUGUACUCUUUUUUCUUUUUUGAUUUCUCCGCGGAGACUCCGCCGAUUUCCAUGAAAUUCAGGUUUUUCUAGAGCUGAGAUUCGCCAUUUUCAAUUGAUUGAAUUUCAGGGAAAAAUAUUCUGAAUUGACUUUGCUACGCCUCCCCGAAGUUUUUGAAAAUUAUUUUCGAACCGAAACCGCAAAAAACGGUCAAUUCAGAAUAUCUUUUCCUGAUAUUCAAUCGGUUGAAAAUGGCGACUCUCAGCUACAGAAAAAUCUGAAUUUCAUGAAAAUCGGCGGAGUCUCCGCGGAGAAAUCUAAAAAAGAGGACGGAAGCUUCGAGUGGCCCACCCUGUAAGGUUUUUCUUCGAUGCAAGUGUCGAAAUUGGGAUAAUCGAGGAUUCUGAUAUCGAAAAUGGCAUUCAUUUUGUUUUGAUCUGUACUUUUUUCCUUGCUUAGGUAGUACUGUAAAGUAGUAGUUUUUUUGAUUUUUUUUCAUAAAUACUCGAUUUGGGGGGUUUCGAUGGUGCUGAUUUUGAAAAUCUUAUUCAUUUUUUUCUGAUUUGAAUGCAGCACCAUCGAAAAGGGACCCCAAAUCGAGUAUUUAUGAAAAAAGCCAAAAAAUUACUACUUUACAGUACUAUCAAAGUAAGGAAAAAGUAAAGAUUUAAAAAAAUGAAUGUCAUUUUCAAAAUCAGCACCCUCGAUUAUCCUAAUUUCGACACUUGCAUGGAAGAAAAAUAGUACUUUUCGGUUUCCCCAAUCGUCUUUUCCUUGUCCCAGUUCCGUUUAUGGGCUGUACUAAAGAUUUGAGAUGAGAGUUUCGAGAUUUGAUAGUAAAUUUUAUAUUGUUUUAGUACAAGAUCGACGCCAAAACUAACCCUCGCGCCUGGCAGCGUCUGUUGGACGAAGCCGAGAAAGUUAAAAAGCAAAUGUCGGCCAAUAGCACUGCCAUCCCGCUGAACAUUGAGUGCUUCAUGAAUGAUGUGGAUGUGAGCGCGAAAUUGUCGAGGUAAGUUGGGGUCUAGUGCAAUAUAAAAAGUUAAUUUUUGGAUGUUUUUAUAGAUAAAAUCGGUUUUUAAGAAGAAUUAGAGGUAAUUUGAAGGGGUUUACGUUUGGUUUUAGGGAAAUUUAGGCUAAAAUUAUGUCUGAUUUUACCAUGGAUAAUAUAAUUUUUUUCCUUAUUUUUCAAUUUUUAGAGCCGAAUUCGAACAACUGGCCGAUCCGUUGUUCCAAAGAAUCCGAAAUCUCCUCAGUGCUCUGCUCCAGGACUCCGGCAUCCAGAAUCUUCAGGACAUUGCCGAGGUCGAGCUGAUUGGAGGCUCUUCCCGCAUCCCGUUCGUGAAGCAAAUCGUCGCCCACGCCUUCAACCGCGAGCCCAAAACCACGCUGAAUGCGGACGACGUGGUGGCCAGAGGCGCCGCAAUGCAAUGCGCCAUCCUGUCGCCGACGGUGAAGGUCACCGACUUCCACGUGAUCGACAGCGUCAAUUACAACAUCACGAUCGAUUAUCUGAACAAGGAGAACCAACAGGUCACCCAGCAGAUCUUCAAACGCAAUGACGACUUCCCCAGCUUCAAGUCCCUCCCCCUGCACAAGGUGGAGCCCUUCACAAUCGCGGCCCAAUACGAAAAUCCGCAGGAAAUCCCGUACAGCGAGCCCAAAAUCGGGACCUGGCUCGUGAACGGCGUCACCAAACCGGCGGACGCGGACUACAGAGUGGUCAAAGUGAAGCUUGGAGUGUCUUUGAAUGGAAUUUUCACCGUCCAAAAGGCCAUGUACGAGGAGAAAAUCGAGGAAGAAGUGGAAGAGCCCAUGGACGCCCAACCACCUCAAGAAACGAAGGAAGAAGAGAAGAAGGAGCAACCAGAAGAGCCCAAACCCAAACAAAAACGCAUCAGAAAGGUGGUCCAUGAGCUGCCGGUGGAGAAGAUUGCGGGCCGAAAUGUGGAUCUCACCCAGUACAUUGAGUUCGAAAAACGAAUGCAACAGAAUGAUCUCAAUGAAAAGUUGAAGGCCGAUGCGAAGAAUGCGGUCGAGGAGUAUGUGUACUCGAUGAGGGACAAGCUCUGCGAACAGUUGGCCGAGUUUGUAACGGAAGAGGUGGGUUUUUGUUUUUUUGGGAAAUUGGGGAUCUGGGAUAUUGUAGUAGGGAAAAGUUGGAAAUUUUGGGGAAGUUUGGAGAUGGAAAAGUCAGAGGUGUUAGUAGAAGGAUGGAGAGGGAAUUUGGAGGGGUUUGGGAGGAUUUGGGAUAUUGUAGUAGGCAAAAAGUGAUGAUUUUUUAUAUUGUAGUAGAUAAAAGUUUGAAUUUUUGAGAUGGAUUGGAGAUGAGAGGGGUGGUAGGGGUGUUAGUAAAGUGGUGAGAAGGUUUAGAAAAGAUUUUAGUAGAUUUGAAGAAUAUUUUUAUAUUGUAGUAGGCAACAAAAUUUUUUGAAAAAGUGAUGAUUUUUGGGAAAUUUUUUGGUUCAAGUGGGAGAUUAUGGAUCAGGAAUGAUUUAGGAAUUACAAGAAAGCCAAAGUAGCCUUGAUUUUAGUGAUUUUUGAGAAGUCGGAUAUUGUAGUAGGUAAAAAAAAAGAUAGUGAAAGUGCUCAAUUUUGGGGAAUUGGAAGAGUUUGUUUAGGUUAUGUAGAGAGAUUAUAGUGUUAUUAAGAGAUUUUUGGGGGUAUCACUUGUUAUUUUUUAUUGUAAUUACCGUGUAUUUUUAGGAAUCCGAACGAUUCCGCGGCCUCCUCACCGAAACCGAAGACUGGCUGUACGGAGACGGCGAAGAAGCGGAGCGCGAUCUGUACGAAAAGAAGCUGGCCGAGAUCCGCGAAGUCAUCGAACCCCCAAUCUCGAAACGCCAACGGGAAAAACAGGAUCAAGAGGAAAUCGAAAGAAAUCUCCGCGAAGCCGAGAAGGAAUUCCAGGCCGAAAAACUGAACGAACCCCGCGUGGAGGAACCCAUGGACACGAAAUAA